AUGACAAAUUAUAGAUGUGAAGAACCAUGUUUAUGUACCAAUUUUCAAUCAGCUAUUUGUUUACAUUGUAAUCGUCGAUUAUGUUUUCAACAUAUUACUGAUCAUAAUCAAAUUCUUUCUGUUAAUAUUCAAAAACUUUCGAAUGAACUUAAUAUAACUUAUCAACAUUUGAAAGAAGAUACUGAAAAGAAUCGUAUGCUAUAUCAUGAUACACUAACAUCAUUAACUCAAUGGCGAACAGAACAGUUUACUAAAAUUGAACAAAGCUAUCAACGACAAUUGCAAUUGAUUACAUUGCAACAACAAGAUGUACAAAAUUCUUAUAAAAAUCUAUUCAAUAAAUUAGAAGUUGAUGCUCGAGAACCACUUCGAUUAUUAGAAAGUCAACCGAAUUCUCUUAUAAGUAUACUUAAUCUUGUUGAAAAUACAAUGAAAGAUGUAGAAAAAGAUCUUAAGAAGAUACAUUAUACUUUUCCAAAAUUAUCAAUAAUGACUUUAAGACAAGAUGAAUAUGAACCAACAAUUUCCUUAACUCAUCAACCAACAAAAAAAAGAAAAAUAACUUCAUCAGUAUCAUUACCAAUUACUACUGUUCAUUUAAAUUUUUGUCGUCCUCUACGACGACUUGUUGAAAUGUUUAAAUUUAUAUCACCAGUAGAAGAAUCGAAAAAUCAAAUUAACAUUUACAUUCGUAAUCAACGAGGAUCUUUUGAAUUCGCUAAUCUUGUAUGUUCAUAUCUAACAGCUUGGCAUAGACACCAGAAUAUAAACACGAAAGUUGCUUUUCUUAAUGCACACUUAUCAACUAUUCAACAAUAUUUCUUAAGGCAAAAAACCGAUUUUGAUAUUAUUGUUGCUAUACAAGGAUUUUUUUACGAUGCCUUAAUGAAUGAGUCCAAAUACGCAUUCCAAUCGAUAUUCAAGAAAAAUAUUAAAAAUGAUAUACCAGCAGCAGAAAUGAUGACAUUUCUAAUACAGUUUUUUCUCAAUCAUCAACUUAUCAAUCUAACUACUGUACUUACUUGGUAUAAUGAUAAAACAAUGAUUUCAUAUGAAGGAUUUGAAUUUGUUAAAGAUUUAGCUAUACCAUUUAUUAAAUCGAUUUCAGUACAAAGAACAGUUGAUAAUACUCCACCAAUUACAAGUGUUAUCAAUCCGACUGAACAUACGCCCAACAUACCAAUUAAAGAUGAAGCAUUUUCACCGAAUGGACGUUGA